AUGGCCUCCCGCGACCCGCCCGCCACCACCUACGCACUGCCGGACGCGCCCUCGGGGGUCGCGCUGUUCCUCACCAUCCCCUACGCCUUCUUCCUGCCAGAGCUGGUAUUCGGGCUCUGGGUCUGGAUCCUGGUAGCCGCUACCCAGGUAGCAUACCCGUUGCUGCAAGGAUGGGUGUUGUACGUCUCGCUCACCUCGUUCCUCAUCUCCCUGAUGUUCCUGCUGUCUUACCUGUUAGGAUUUUAUUCAAGAUUUGAGUCCUGGAGAGUUCUGGACAGUCUAUACCAUGGGACCACCGGCAUCCUGUACAUGAGCGCUGCUGUCUUGCAAGUACACGCCACCAUCAUUUCUGAGACCCAGGCCCUGAACAACUACUACAUCAACACAGCAGCCUCGUUCUUUGCCUUCAUCACGGCACUGCUCUACAUCCUCCAUGCCUUCAGCAUCUACUACCACUGA